AUGCUCGACUGCUGCAAGAAGAAGAAGGCAAACAAGUCGCUGGACGAGCUCAAAAAGGAUAUCGUUAUCGAUGACCAUGAAAUCGCUCUGGAAGCACUUCUCCAAAGAUACAGCACCUCGGCAACGUUCGGAAUUUCGGAGGCCGAGGCGGAUACUCGUCUGAAACGUGACGGUCCGAACGCAUUGACUCCGCCCAAACAGACGUCGAAAUGGCUGAAAUUGGCUGGAUCCGUGUUCGGAGGCUUCAACUUCCUUCUGUGGUGCGCGGCGAUUGCGUCGGCGGUCGGAUACGGACUGGAUCUUUCGAUGAGCGGAGACGAGGAAGUUCCGAAGGAUAACGUGAGAUAUUUUUUGCUGAAUGCUUUUGUACGCACUCAUUCCAGAUGUACAUGGCUGUCAUUCUGGCGACUGUCGUCACUGUGACGGGUCUCUUCGACUUCUACCAGGACAGAAAGAGCGGGAAUUUGAUGGACUCGUUCGCCAAUAUGAUCCCUCCGAAGACGCUUGUCGUCAGAGACAAAACGACGAGAGAGAUCGAAGUGAAAGACCUCGUGGUGGGAGAUCUUGUCCGUUUCCGAGGAGGUGACCGAGUUCCGGCCGAUCUGCGAGUGACUCUAGCCAGAGGACUGAAAGUGGACAACUCGAGUUUGACGGGAGAAUCGGAUCCACAGACUCGCAACACUAAUUUCACAAGCAAGAACCCUCUGGAGACCAAGAAUCUGUGUCUGUUCAGUACGAGUGUUCUGGAAGGUUCCGGAGAGGGAAUCGUGAUCCGAACUGGAGAUCGGACGGUCGUCGGAAGAAUCGCCGCUCUUACGACGCAAGUGGAUUCCGGACCGACCCCAUUGGCCAAGGAGAUCUCUCACUUCAUCAGAAUCAUCUCCGUCGUCGCAUUCACUGUCGGAAUCGCCUUUUUCGUUCUGGCCAUCGUUUAUGAAUAUCCUAUUCUCAAAGCCAUCGUGUUCUUCAUGGGAAUCGUUGUAGCGAAUGUGCCCGAAGGAAUUGUCCCGACUGUCACUGUGAGUAAUUCGAGAGAGUGACAAUCCCAUAGAAAACUCAAAACCUGUAGAUUACAAAACCAAUAGAGUCGAGUCCCGUAGAAAUGGUCGGGGGGCCUAAUGGGAGGUGCACGCACACUGUCUUGACUCAUUUUUGAUUGCCUUUCUCGCCCUUUUAGUAACUAUUCAUUUGAGAAAUGAAAAUUUGACAGAACGAUUAAACAAUACCAUGAGGAGUCCAAUAUUCUGAGUUUUCUUCAUUUUGGCGUAUCUGUGUUUGCGUACUUGUUUCUACGGGUUUCUUGGCAUUUUUCUAUUAUAGGGGCACCGCACAGAAAUGGCGCUUUGUUGAGAAACUUUUUGCAGUGCAAAUUGAGCGACCUCGGGGCCGAGUUUGAAAAGUUAGGCCAAUUUUAGUGGAAAAUCACUUCGCGGCCUAGAAAUUCGACCAGAUUGCGAACAGCGCGCCCUUUCUGUCCGGUGCCCCAAUAAUACGGGGUUUGACACUACGGGUUUUGUAAUCUACGGGUAUCCAAUUAUCUACAGGAUCGUCACACUUUCAGUAAUUCGUCACUGAAAGUUCCUUGGAACUCAUUAGCCAUUUCAGGUCAGUCUAACCCUUACCGCCGUCAAAAUGAGGAAGAAGUUCUGUCUGGUGAAGAAGUUGCAAGCAGUCGAAACCCUCGGAUCCACGUCAACUAUUUGCUCCGACAAGACGGGAACGCUCACUCAGAAUCGGAUGACUGUCACUCAUUUGUGGUUUGACGGACAGAUUCAGGACGCCGAGCUCCUUCCGCCGAACGAGAACUACGCUGGAGAGAAACGAUACGUGGGCAACGAAUCGUAUCAGAAACUGUUGAGAUGUGCGACGCUGUGCAGCAGAUCCCACUUCCGAGUGAGUAAGGAUUCUAUCUGGCUCAUUCAAUUUCAAUAAUUCAGGUUCCUGAGUACGAUAUUCCGCUAGCCAAACGAGCUGUGAACGGUGAUGCGUCAGAAGUGGCGAUCAUGAGAUACUGCGAGAUGAUUCGAGGAGACGGAAAAGUGGAUGCGUUCAGAUUGGAAAUGCCGAAGAUCGGAGAGAUUCCGUUCAAUUCGACCAACAAGUACCAACUGUCGAUCCAUCCGCUUUCCAACAAACAGAACAUGAUUGUGAUGAAAGGCGCUCCGGAGAAGAUUCUGAAGUUGUGCUCCACCUAUUACGAUAAAGGAGAGACGAAAAACGUGUCGAAGAAGUUCGAGAGAGACUUCCAAAAGGCUUACGAAACGCUCGGAUCUUAUGGUGAACGAGUUCUCGGAUUCUGCGAUUUUGAAAUGAGUCCCUCGAAGUACCCGCCUGGAUAUCAGUUCAACAUGGAAGAUCCCAACUUUCCGAUCAAGAGUAAGACACCAUCUGCCUCUAAAUAGUCUUCUUCUUCUCUUCCAGAUCUGCGAUUCCUAGGCCUCAUUGCCAUGAUCGAUCCGCCUCGUCCGGGAGUUCCAGAAGCAGUCCGAGUGUGUCAGAAUGCGGGAAUCCGCGUGGUUAUGGUUACUGGAGAUCAUCCGAUCACUGCCCGCGCGAUCGCCACGCAAGUGCAUAUCAUUGAGGAAAACGAGCAAGUGACUGAGAUCGUGGUGGCCGAUCCGAAGUGCGAUCCAGGCAGCGAUGAGAUCUACGGAAAGGGAAGACUGAAGAGAACGGGAGCGAUUGUCGUGCACGGGGAACAAUUGAGCACGAUGUCGCAGAGAACGCUCAAGACCAUCGUCACGAACUACCAUCAGGUGCGCCGACAAGAAUCCAGUGCAAUUAAAUACCAUUUCAGAUUGUGUUCGCGAGAACGUCGCCCGCGCAGAAACUGCAGAUUGUCGAGGCGUUCCAGUCAAUUGGAAAUGUGGUUGGAGUCACUGGAGACGGAGUGAAUGACGCUCCUGCACUCAGAAAGGCUGACAUUGGUGAGAGACGAAAGCGAGUGGCUGUGAAAAAGUACUAUUGGAGGAAUUGCUAUGGGAAUAGCUGGGACGGACGUCUCGAAACAGGCAGCUGACAUGAUUCUGCUAAACGAUAACUUUGCCUCGAUCGUGACCGGAGUCGAAGAAGGACGGCUGAUCUUUGAUAACCUGAAGAAGUCGAUUGCGUACACGUUGACCAGCAACAUUCCAGGUGGAUUACAUGAUUCCCUCUAAAGCAACACUCUUCUUUCCAGAAAUCACUCCGUUCAUGUCGUAUGUGCUGUUCGGACUUCCCCUGCCCAUGUCGAUCAUCGCCAUCCUCAUGAUCGAUCUGGGAACCGACCUUUGGCCGGCCAUCUCAUUCGCCUACGAAGUACCUGAAAGUGACAUUAUGCAGAGAGCUCCUCGCAAUCCAGUCCACGACAAGCUUGUGAAUAAGCGAUUGGUUAUGUUCUCUUACCUCCAAAUCGGUGCGAUUCAAGCCUGUGCUGGGUUCACCACAUACUUUGGUACUGUGGUUUUUCAUAUAUUACCACCAUCAUCUUACUUUUAAGUGCUGAUGAUGUCGUACGGAUGGUUCCCUCAAGAUCUGAUAAACAUCAGUGAAAUGUGGGAUAACAAGUAUAUUGACGAUCUGGAAGACAGCUACGGACAGCAGUGGAGCUACGAGAACAGGAAGGCGCUCGAGGCGUGCUGCUACGGAACGUUCUUCUUCACUAUCGUCGUCACUCAAUGGGCGGACUUGUUCGCGUCGAAAACGAGAAAGAAUUCUCUGGUCAUGCAGGGACUCGAGUACGUCUAUUCGUCCUCGCUCUCAUCCGUUUUCCUUCCAUCUUUCAGAAACCACGUGCUCAACACUUCUGUCAUUUUCACUUGCUUCCUCGCCACUUUCGUUCUCAACACACCCUACGUCAACGAAGUUCUCGGUGUCCAAGGGUUCAGGUAGGAAGCGGAAAUGGAGAAGACGAAGCAAAUCUGCCGCUUUCAGACUGGAAAUCGGAUUCCUCGCUCUGCCGUUUGCCUUUGCCAUUGGUCUUUAUGACGAGUUCCGUCGGUUCUUCGUUCGCAAGUUCCCGGGAGGAUAUAUUUAUAAAGAGACCUACUACUGAAAUAGUUGACGAAUGAAGGAUUUCUUAAAUUGUUACUUUCGAAAGCGUGAACCCUCUCGUUUUUUUCCGUGUUCUAAAUUCUGCUAUGCCGUCCGUUCUCAUAGUUUUUCAGUUAUUCUCUCAAUUGAUUAGAGCCUUCGAAGCAUUGCUCAAAGAACGGGAUCAACGUAAGUUCGCAUCCAUCAAUCUCCAUUCGUUCUCCUGCUCUCCAGAUGCCACUUCCAAACAAAGCCGGAGAGCCAGAGUUCAAAAUGAAGGUUGAUCCGGCUGACAAAAUUGUCAUCAGGUACAGAAAGGAGGAAGAGGCGGUGGUUCCGGUGUCAAUCACGAACACUCUGAAAGAGCGCGCUUGUUACAAAGUCAAGUGCACCGACAAUGAGAUCUUCCGCGUCCGUCCGCCGCUCGGAUUCGUGAAGCCCGGCGAGACGGCGGUGGUGAAGAUCUUGCUGAGACCGAAAGCCGGCAUCGAUCCGGUCAAGCACUUCUUCGCCAUCUACCACAUCACGUGCCCCGAGUCGAACGUCAAUCCGAGACAGGUGAGAAGAAGCUGCAGCAAAACAGAUGGAUUCUAGAUGAUUGCAGGUGUGGACGGCCGAAACGAAGCCGGAAGGCGUGAUCAGAAUGCAAGCGUAUCUCGUGGAUAUGGAUGAGCCGGAGAAGAAGGAAGAGGAGAAAAAGGAGGAGAAAAAGGAAGAAAAGAAAGAGGAAAAGAAGGAAGAGAAGAAAGAGGAAAAGAAGGAAGAGAAGAAGGAGUGA